AUGUCUCCGAAAGGCUCUUCAACCAUUGCUUCCCAUAUAUCUUCAGGGCCUAAUAAGCAGGUCUGCAGAAUUGAGAAAGUUUGCCUUCGUGACGAGGUCAUGACCAUUGUCGUGGCCGACGUUGUGUGGAUUUUUGAUUUUGAUGACAUGGUGCCGUUGUACAAAACCCUAGCCGUGAAUUCCGUGCUGGAAGUCGACCAGAAGGUCUUGGAUUCGAUGUGUGCUAAGAUUGCCGAAGAGCUCAAGAAGCUCGAUGAAAAAAUCGCGGAUGCUGAAGAAAAUUUAGGAGAAAGUGAAGUUAGAGAAGCUCAUUUGGCAAAAUCUUUGUUCUACAUCCGGAUUGGUGACAAGGAGAAAGCACUAGAACAACUGAAGGUGACAGAAGGCAAAACAGUUGUUGUAGGGAAAAGAAUGGACCUGGUAUUUUACACUUUACAAAUGGGUUUCUUCUACAUGGAUUUUGAUCUUAUAUCAAGAAGCAUCGAUAAAGCAAAGAAAUGA